CCACGGUCUACUUUUUACGUAAAUUCAUAACCAAAUUAUUCUCAAAUAAAUCAAAUUCAUUAAAGGUUAUUUUAUUCUGCUAUCAUAAAAAUUAAAAUAUAUUUUCAGAUAAAAAGUGACAUUUUUCAUAGAAUUUUUUUUAAUAAUAGUAAAAAUAACGAGAAAUAUUUUUUAAAAAAUUCAAUUUCGAGAAAAUCAUGAAUGUAUGUGAUGAUAAAUCUUUCUAUGAACGUAUUCUACAAUCAUAUAAGAAAAAUAACAAAAUAAAAGUAUUGGAAGUUUCAAAAGAAUUGGCUACUUCUAAAGGUGAUAAUUUUCUUAGUAAAAUUUAUAGAAUAUUUAUUAAGUAUACCAACAAUGAACACGACAAUAUAAAUACAAUUGAAGAGACGAGUUUAAUAUUUAAAAUGAAACUUGACAAUGUAUCACUAUCAGAAACUAUAAAUAAAGCAUUUAGUAUUGAAUCAAAUGUUUUUAAAAAUAUAUUGACAAAAAUUGAAAAUUACGUUCAAUGUUCAAUUGCUCCUCAUUUUUAUUACACUGAUGAUGAUUCAAAUUAUAUAGUCAUGGAAGAUCUCGUAAGAUCAGGAUAUAUUAUUGAAAAUAAACUCAAGGGUCUAAAUUUUCAACAGUGUCAUAAAGUUAUUGAAAAAAUGGCUAAAUUUCAUGCAGGAUCAGUCCUUAUUGCCGAAACGGAACCCAAAUUAUUACAACGCUAUGACAAUAUUUGCGCAUGGGAAAUAUUUCCAGAAGGUUUUUUCAAAUUUAUAAAAAAUUCAUUGAUAAGUAUAAGUAAAAAUAUUGCAGAAAAAUGGAAAGAAGAAGAAGAAUAUCAAAAAAUUGCUUGUAAAUUGAAAAAAUUAAUUGAUAAUUUAGAGACAAAAGUUAUUUCUGCAUUUAAACAUCGUGAUGAUGAAUUUUGUGUAUUAAAUCAUGGUGACUUUUGGAUUAAUAAUGUUAUGAUGCAUCAUGAUAAUGAAAAAGAAGAUUCCAUUGAUGCACGCAUGAUCGAUUUUCAAUUAGUGAUGUACACCUCACCUGCUAUUGAUUUACAGCAUUUUUUUUCAAUGUGUCCUGAAUUAGAAAUAAAAGAAAAUAAAUAUGAAUAUUUUCUUGAAAUUUAUUUGACAAUAUUAACAAAAACAAUGGAGAAAAUAGGUUGUAAAACAAAAGCACCGACAAUGGAAGAAAUAAAUGAAGCAAUGAGAAUAAGGGGAGUGCAUUCAGUUGUCACUGGAUUAAUUUUUUAUCCCGGUGUACAUGCUAAUAGUGAAAAUAUAGAAGAUUUUACAGAAGUAAUGUCAGAAGGUGAAACUAACGUGGAUGUUUUUAGAUGUUCUUCAGCAGUUGAAAUAGUACAAAAAUUCUCUCGAAUUAUCAAUGAUAAAGGUUAUCUCGACUAAAUAUAUAUCUUGGUUAUUAUUUCAUUUAAAUAAAAAUUAUUUUAAUCAAAAAUAUAGUUAAACAAAUUUUCUAACCAAAAAAAUUAGACUUGAAAAAAAGAUCUAAUAAAUAUCAAGAUUGCAAAAGUGUCGUUAUAAAAUGUAAAUAUUUGACGAAAAAUUCUUCGAUAUCAAAUCGCAAGUGUAAAUAUUGAAUACGAUGAAAAUUCAGUAGUUAUAUUUGCAUUUUGUAAAGGAAAUUGUUGCAUUUUGACAUUGAUUGAUCUACAAUCUAUAUUACAUAAUCGUUUUAGAAAAGUUAAUACAGUGUUGCACCCUUGCAACAUCCGUCAAAUCACCCAUGAAAAAAAUAUACCGCAAAGCAUUAAGAGGAUGACCCUCGAUCUACGUUUUCAUUGAAAUGUAAUUUAAUUUUCAAAAAAAAAAAAUAUUUUUUUCGGAGAAACGAAUAAUUAUUCAAAACUAUUUCUGGCAUAAGAAUAGAAAAAAAACCCUCAAAAUUCCAAUCAAAAACAAAAUUUUCUAAAAAAAAUCAGAAAUAGAGAACAAUAAUUUUUAUUCUCAACUCCGCUAAGUAGACAAAUAAUUACUUUUUAAUUAUUACAAGACUUUGGUGAAAAUACUCCUUUUAAAAGACAGAAAAAGCAUUACAAUUCUGUUGAUCGUCUGUGAUAGCAACGAGUGCAUCAAACAUGGCGACCAAGCAGACAAAACAAAAAUCCAGAGUGGCUAGACCAGACGAGGACUAGACGACCUCGUUGCUGGGGGUGGGGGGGGUGGCAACCGCGGGGGCGGUUCAGAUCAAGGGGUUGGCGCGACCCGGCACUGGGAGGUGGCAGAUUACGGAGCCUCCGACAUUCACGGUAACCAAACCCAAUGGAAUUUGAUCAUAGAAAGCUUUUUCUUUAUUUUUUUUUUCGUUUUACUUUACGUUCAGCACCUUUGACUCAACCCCUGUAUAUAGUUAAUUCAUAAAAAUUAAAACUGGGUCUGUAUUCAUUACACGGACGGAAAAUUUUUCUUCAUGACAAUGUCUUUUUGAAUUAAUUAAAAUAUAUUUUUAUUUAUUUUGUACUUACUGAAAAAAAAAAUUUAUUUGAUUCAAAUACUUGA